CUGCGGCCCACGCCCCGCCCCUCUCCCUCCCGCGCUUAUCACCUGCUGGCCCGGCGCGCUCGGGCGGGGACCCAGGGCGCGAGGGGGAGCGCGCGGGCGGCCGGCGCUGGGUCGCCUGAGGUGAAGCGCGGCUGGGAUGGCUGCGCGGGGCCGGGAGCCGCCGCCGCUGCUCGCGCUCGUGAUGCUGCUGGCGCUGGGCCCUGACGCCGCGGUGGCCAAGCUCAAUAUCCCCAAAGUGCUGUUGCCCUUCACGCGGGCCACGCGCGUGAACUUCACGCUGGAGGCCUCGGAGGGCUGCUACCGCUGGUCGUCCACCCGGCCGGAGGUGGCCAGCAUUGAGCCUCUGGGCCUGGAUGAGCACCAGUGCUCCCAGAAGGCGGUGGUGCAGGCCCGCCUCACCCAGCCUGCCCGUCUCACAAGCAUCAUCCUGGCGGAGGACAUCACCACAGGCCAAGUCCUGCGCUGCGAUGCCAUUGUUGACCUCAUCCACGGCAUUCAGAUCGUCUCCACCACCCGUGAACUCUACCUGGAAGACUCACCCCUGGAGCUCAAGAUCCAGGCUCUGGAUUCUGAAGGGAACACAUUUAGCACCUUGGCUGGCCUGGUGUUUGACUGGACGAUUGUGAAGGACACGGAAGCAGACAGAUUCUCAGACUCCCACAAUGCACUACGAAUCCUCACUUUCUUGGAGUCCACGUACACCCCUCCUUCUUACAUCUCUGAGAUGGAGAAGGCAGCCAAGCAAGGGGACACCAUCCUGGUGUCCGGGAUGAAGACAGGGAGCUCCAAGCUGAAGGCCCGCAUUCAGGAGGCUGUCUACAAGAAUGUACGCCCCGCAGAGGUCAGGCUGCUGAUCCUAGAGAACAUCCUUCUGAACCCUGCGUACGACGUCUACCUGAUGGUGGGGACGUCCAUUCACUACAAGGUGCAGAAGAUUCGUCAAGGGAAAAUCACAGAGCUCUCCAUGCCAUCUGACCAGUAUGAGCUGCAGCUUCAGAACAGCAUCCCGGGCCCCCAAGGAGACCCUGCCCGGCCUGUGGCUGUCCUGGCUCAGGACACAUCGACGGUCACCGCAGUGCAGCUGGGUCAGAGCAACCUCGUCCUUGGCCACAGGAGUAUUCGCAUGAAGGGUGCUUCUAGGUUACCCAACAGCACCAUCUACGUGGUGGAACCCGGAUAUCUGGGGUUCACAAUCCACCCUGGUGACAGAUGGGUGCUUGAGACCGACCGCCUGUACGAAAUCACCAUCGAAAUCUUCGACAAGUCCAGCAACAAGGUCUACCUGUCAGACAACAUCCGAAUUGAACCAGUGCUUCCUCCUGAGUUCUUUGAGGUGCUCUUAUCGUCCCAGAAUGGGUCAUACCAUCACAUCCGGACAGUGAAGAGUGGCCAGACAGCCAUUGAAGCAGCUCUCACAUCUGUGGUGGACCAGGAUGGAGGGGUCCAUAUGCUGCAGGUGCCCGUGUGGAACCAACAGGAGGUGGAAAUCCACAUCCCCAUCACCCUGGAACCCAGCAUCCUGACGUUUCCGUGGCAACCAAAGACUGGUGCCUAUCAGUACACGAUAAAGGCUCAUGGCGGCAGUGGGAACUUCAGCUGGUCCUCGUCAAGCUACACGGUUGCCACCGUCACCGUCAAGGGUGUAAUGACCACGGGCAGUGACACUGGACUCAGUGUGAUCCAGGCACACGAUGUCCAGAACCCACUCCAUUUUGGCGAGAUGAAGGUGUAUGUGAUCGAGCCCAGCAGCAUGGAGUUCAUCCCAUGCCAGGUAGAAGCACGUGUGGGCCAGGUCCUGGAGCUGCCCCUGAGGAUCAACGGCGUCAUGCCCGGUGGAGCUGGUGAGGUGGUCACUCUGAGCGACUGCUCCCACUUUGACUUGGCGGUGGAGGUGGAGAACCAGGAUGUGUUCCAGCCCCUGCCAGGGAGGCUGCCACCGGGCUCUACGCACUGCAGCGGCGUCAGGGUGAGAGCUGAAGCCCAGGGCUCCAGCACGCUCCUGGUGAGAUACAAACAUGGCCACGUCCACCUGAGUGCCGGGAUCACCAUCGCUGCCUAUCUGCCCCUCAAGGCCAUAGAUCCCUCUUCUGUUGCCUUGGUAACCCUGGGCUCCUCAAAGGAGAUGCUGUUUGAAGGAGGUCCUAGACCCUGGAUUCUUGAGCCCUCCAAGUUUUUCCGGAAUGUUACCUCUGAGGACACUGACAGCAUCACUGUGGCCCUCUUGGGCCCCCCUGCCUCCCGGAAUUACCAGCAACACUGGAUCCUUGUGACCUGCCGGGCCUUGGGUGAGCAGGUCCUCGCCCUCUCAGUGGGGAACAAGCCCAGCCUCACCAACCCCUUCCCUGCCGUGGAGCCCGCCGUGGUGAAGUUUGUCUGUGCCCCACCGUCCAGGCUCACCCUCGCGCCUGUCUAUACCAGUCCCCAGCUGGACCUGUCCUGUCCGCUGCUGCAGCAGAACAAGCAGGUGGUUCCAGUCUCCAGCCACCGCAACCCCCUGCUGGACCUGGCUGCCUAUGACCAGCAGGGCCGCCGAUUCGACAACUUCAGCUCUCUGAGCGUCCACUGGGAGUCCACCAGGCCGUUGCUGGCCAGCAUCGAGGUUCACCUACCCAUGCAGCUGGUGUCCCAGGACGAUGGGAGUGGCCAGAAGAAGCUGCACGGUUUGCAGCCCAUUUCGGUUCAUGAGGCAUCGGGAACCACAGCUGUCACUGCCACCGCAACUGGCUACCAGCAGUCCCACCUCAGCGCGGCCAGAGUGAAACAGCCGCACGAUUCUCCCGCAUCCGUGUCGGCCUCCAUAGAGCUCAUCCUAGUGGAGGAUGUGAGAGUGAGUCCAGAAGAGCUGACCAUCUACAACCACCCUGGUGUCCAGGCGGAGCUGCAGGUCAGGGAAGGCUCGGGCUACUUCUUCCUCAAUGCCAGCACUGCAGACGUGGUCCAGGUGGCCUACCAGGAGGCCAGUGGCAUCGCCGCGGUUCACCCUCUGCUCCCCGGCAAAGCGACCGUCAUGAUCCACGACCUGUGCCUCGCCUUCCCAGCCCCAGCCAAGGCCAUUGUUUACGUCUCAGACAUUCAGGAGCUUUAUGUCCACGUGGUUGACAAGGUGGAGAUUGGGAAGACCGUGAAGGCGCACCUCCGUGUGCUGGACUUUCACAAGAAGCCCUUCCUGGCCAAAUAUUUCCCGUUCAUGGACCUGAAGCUCCGAGCCGCCUCCCAGAUCAUCUCCUUGGUGGCCCUUGAUGAAGCCCUCGACAGUUACACUGCCACGUUCCUCGUCCAUGGCGUGGCCAUCGGCCAGACCACCCUGACUGCGAGUGUGACCGACAGAGCCGGACAGAGAAUCAGCUCACCCCCACAGCAGAUUGAAGUCUUUCCCCCAUUCAGGUUGAUACCCAAGAAGGUGACACUGCUCAUCGGAGCCACCAUGCAGGUCACCUCCGAGGGCGGCCCCCAGCCUCAGUCCAACAUUCUUUUCUCCAUCAGCAACGAGAGUGUUGCACUGGUGAGCAGUGCUGGGCUGCUGCGGGGGCUGGCCAUUGGCAACGCCACCAUGUCUGGGCUUGUGCAGGCAGUGGACGCGGAGACUGGGAAGGUGGUCAUCGUCUCUCAGGAUGUUGUGGAAGUGGAGGUGCUGCUGCUCCGGGCUGUGAGGAUCCGCGCUCCCAUCACACGGAUGAGGACAGGGACGCAGAUGCCUGUCUAUGUCACUGGGAUCACCAGCCACCAGAACCCUUUCUCCUUUGGCAAUGCUGUACCAGGCCUGACCUUCCAUUGGUCUGUCACCAAGCGGGACAUCCUGGACCUUCAAGGGCGGCACCAUGAGGCAUCGGUCCGGCUCCCGUCACAGUACAACUUUGCCAUGAAUGUGCUUGGCCGGGUGAAAGGUCGGACUGGGCUGAGGGUGGUGGUCAAGGCUGUGGACCCCACGGCCGGGCAGCUGCAUGGCCUUGCCAAGGAACUCUCUGAUGAGAUCCAGAUCCAGGUGUUUGAGAAGCUGCUGCUGCUGAACCCCGAAAUAGAAGCAGAACAAAUAUUAAUGUCCCCCAACUCAUUUGUAAAGCUGCAGACAAACAGGGAUGGUGCAGCUUCGCUGAGCUACCGUGUCCUGGAGGGACCCGAGAAAAUUGCCGUGGUGCACAUUGAUGAAAAGGGCUACCUGGCAUCGGGCCCUGUGACUGGGACGUCAACAAUUGAAGUGAUUGCACAAGAGCCUUUUGGGGCCAACCAAACCAUUAUCGUUGCUGUAAAGGUGUCUCCUGUGUCAUACCUGAGGGUUUCCACGAGCCCUGUCCUGCACACCCAGAACAAGGCAGUCCUGGCGGCCCUCCCUUUAGGAAUGACUGUGACCUUCACCGUGCACUUCCACGACAACUCCGGAGACAUCUUCCAUGCUCACAAUUCAGUUCUCAACUUUGCCACUAACAGAGAUGACUUUGUGCAGAUUGGGAAGGGCCCCACCAACAACACCUGUGUCAUCCGCACGGUCAGCGUGGGCUUGACACUGCUCCGAGUGUGGGACGCCGAGCACCUGGGCCUCUCUGACUUCGUCCCACUGCCGGUCCUGCAGACCAUCUCCCCAGAGCUGUCCGGAGCCUUGGCGGUGGGGGAUGUCCUCUGUCUGGCUACUGUUCUGGUCAGCCUGGAAGGCCUCCCAGGCACCUGGAGUUCCUCAGCCAACAGCGUCCUCCACGUCGACCCCAAGACCGGGGUGGCUGUGGCCCGGGAUGUGGGAUCUGUGACAGUCUACUAUGAGGUUCCUGGGCACCUGAGGACCUACAAGGAGAUGGUGGUCGGCGUCCCUCAGAGGAUCGUGGCCCAUCACGACCACCCCAUCCAAACCAGCUACCGGGAGGGCACAGGCUCCAAGGUGAUUGUCACCGUGGGAGACGGAAGCUCUAACCUGAGAGGUGAGUGCUCCCCGGCCCAGAUAGAAGUCAUCGGGACCUUGCACCCAGAGUCCCUCCUUAGCUGCCAGCUGCAGUUCAAGCAUGCUGUCUUCGACUUCCCAGCGCGUGAGGUUUUCACUGUGGAGCCAGGCUUCGACACUGCUCUGGGUCAGUACCUCUGCUCAGUCACCAUGCACCGGUUGACAGACAAGCAGCUGAAGCACAUGAGCAUGAAGAAGACAGCUCUGGUGGUCACAGCCUCCCUCUCGAGCAGCCACUUCUCAGCAGAACAGGUCGGGGCUGAGGUGCCCUUCAGCCCAGGUCUCUAUGCCGACCAGGCUGAAAUUCUUUUGAACAACCACUACACCAGCUCCGAGAUCAAGGUGUUUGGUGCCCUGGAAGUUCUGGAGAACUUGGAGGUGAAAUCUGGGUCCCCUGCUGUUCUGGCCUUCGAGAAGGAGAAGUCCUUUGGGCUGCCCAGCUUUAUCACAUACACAGUUGGUGUCUCAGACCCCUCAGCCGGCAGCCAUGGGCCCCUGUCCACUGCCCUGACCUUCUCCAGCCCCACAACUAACCAAGCCAUCACCGUCCCAGUGACUGUGGCCUUCGUGCUGGAUCGCCGCGGACCUGGUCCUUAUGGAGCCAGCCUCUUUCAGCACUUCCUAGACUCCUACCAAGUCAUGUUCUUCACGCUCUUUGCCCUGCUGGCCGGGACGGCUGCUAUGAUCAUAGCCUACCACACGAUCUGCACACCCCAGGAACUGACAGUGCCUCCAGCCCUUGUACCCCGCGCCAGCCCUCGGCACAGCCCCCACUAUUUUGCUGCCUCGUCACCAGCAUCUCUCAACGCACUGCCUCCUGGUCGCAAAGGCAGCCCUCCCUCGGGGCUGUGGAGCCCAGCCUAUGCCUCCCACUAGGCAGCACCACAAAGACAGCCCUGAGCCCCACCUUGUGACCCUCCAAGACAGGGACACCCCUGCUAGAAUGGGCCCCUCCAGACCUGAGCCCUGUCCCCAGACCAGUGGCACUGCCCCCCUGUUUUGAUGGCACUAGAGUUUGGCUUGUGCUCAUGAGUGUAUCGUAAAUGUAGGAAUUUCAAGCUUGUAUGGGUUUUUUUUUUUCCUUUCAAAUCUUUGCAAAGCUGAGACUUUGUGGCUCAUCCCUUUCUGCAUGAUUGUCUAGGAUUUCUGAACAAUGUGCUGUGGUUUUUACUUUCUAGCAUCACUAAACCCCCCCCCACCCUUCUCAAGCCCGUGAGCAGUGAAAAGCUCUGUUUAGUUGUCUGUAGACAAUGUCACCGUCAUGGUCUCAGGGAAUAGAUUGUCUAUUUGGGGGCAUUUUUUUGGUGGGGUUUUUUAUUUUUUUUCUUGUGAAAACCUACUUUCUCCCCAGUCUGGCUGCUGCUAGGAAAUUUGAGGAACACAGGGACCUGAGGGUCCUGUGCCUGCCCCACUCCCACCCCCCCACCCCACUGCAGGGGAAAAGCCUCAGGAAGCAGCACGCGGGAGCUCCUGACAGCUGAGCCCUGAGCGGGCAGAUACUGGAAAACUGUGAGCUACACAGGGCUGUUCUUCCGCUUUGGGCCACUGGAAACAGACUUCCGUCCUCUGUGCUCCUUUGUCGCUUAAGCUGUUGAAAUAUCUGGUGACUUGGCUUCAGCCCCAUGGAUAUGUCCUGAGUGGAGUCCCUCUCUCUCUCCCUGUCCUGGUCUCUCCUUCAGCCCAGGGACAUCCUGAAUUGUCCUUAGGAAAACGUCCUUGAGAUGGUGGCAGGGCUCUUCUUUUCUGUUUGUUUGUUUUGAGAAGCCGCUAUGUUCUGCCUCAGCACAAAGACCCAGUGUUAUUUGUCUUCCUUGGUGUACGCUCCAGUACCUCAGCAGACCUGAGCCGCUGCCUGGCCGCGUGAGAGACAGCCUCACCAGCUCACCCAGCCCAGGCCCUAGGCAGCUUCCCGGCAGGCCCCGGAGCCCAGUGUGGGCCUGCCCACCAGGAAGGGGCUCCCCGAGGGGCUGGAGAAAGAGGAGAAGCUCCCUCAGAAAACUCUUCCCAGCUCCUCUGAGACUUUCAGAACACAGCCCCCUGUGCUCUAGGCUACAGCGCUGUGCCACCCUCAGGGAGACCCAGAGACUCAUGCCCCCAGAGCACCCAGGCGUGGACGCUGUUCGUGGAGAGUCCAGCCGGACUCUGGGGAUCACGUGUGAAUCCACUUCAGCCCUCCAGGGCUGGCCAGGCAGCUGAUUUUUCUGAAGCUGUAGAAAGGAAUAAUUGUGCCUUGCAUAUUACUUGAGCUCAAACUGACAACCUGGAUGUAAAUGGGAGCAUUUCUACUUGGUUUAUUUAAUAAAGCUCUGUAAUUUCUUAA